CCCCAGGAAGCCAAGAUGAAGGACAAAAGCAAGAACGCAGCGCGUUCGCGACGUGUGAAAGAGAAUCAAGAAUAUUUAAAGCUCGCCGAGCUGUUGCCGCUUCCGUCGCCCAUCACCAAGCAACUGGACAAGGCCAGCAUCAUUCGAUUGACGACGAGCUACUUGAAGAUGCGAGCGGUGUUUCCGCACGGUCUCGGAGACGAAUGGGGUGCCGUCCCACCGCCUAUCAACCCCCUAGAAACUGCUAUCAAAGAACUGGGUACUCAUAUUUUGCAAACCCUGGACGGUUUCAUAUUUGUCGUGGCGCCUGACGGCAAAAUUAUGUACAUAAGCGAAACGGCCAGCGUGCACUUGGGACUAUCGCAGGUGGAAUUGACGGGGAACAGCAUAUACGAGUACAUCUACCACAGCGAUCACGAUGAGAUGAAGUCGGUUUUAAAUCUGCCGCAAUGCCCCGCUGACCUCACGGGCUUCAGUUUCUCGCCGCCAAAUUCAAGAGGCGAAAUCGAACUAGAGCGUGCCUUUAUUCUGAGGAUGAAGUGCAUCCUGGCGAAGAGGAACGCUGGACUGGUCACGGAAGGAUACAAGGUCAUCCACUGUUCCGGCUACCUAAAAUGCAUCAUAGAAGGUCUAGUUGGGCCAGAGUACGAGGACGGUACCGGUAGAUGCAUCAGAAACGUUGGAUUGCUAGCAGUGGGCCAUUCUCUGCCGACACGAUCCAUAACUGAAGUGAAAUUACACCAGAACAUGUUCAUGUUCCGUGCAUCGUUGGACCUGAAACUGAUAUUCGUCGACACCAGGGUGGCCCAAUUGACAGGGUACAAUCCACAGGAUCUGAUCGAGAAAACUCUGUAUCAUUAUGUGCAUGGAUGCGACACGUUCCAGCUAAGACAAUCUCACCGAAUAUUGUUGUACAAGAGCCAAGUGACGACCAGGUACUACAGGUUCUUAACGAAAUCGGGUGGUUGGGUCUGGAUGCAAUCGUACGUCACGAUCGUCCACAACUCCAGAAGCUCUAGGCCGCACUGCAUCGUGUCGGUUAACUACGUGUUGACGGAACCGGAGAGCACAGACUUGGUGCUGAAUUGCGAGCAAAUAUCCUCGUGCUCGAGCCCAGGCAAUCCCCCCAACACGCCGUUGGAUACCCCGACGGUCAGCGGAGGGGCGAACGAUUUGGAGAAUCACAGCCCUAGUCUUCCGGCGUAUCGAAACAGAACAAAAGAACCGCCGGAUAACGAUUACGCGGUCGGCGCUGGUUACCCUAAUCAGGAGUACAUCGGUUCGACAAAUCACAGCCAUUAUAUAUCGUCGCCUUACACCGCAAGUGUAAAUGGCAACGCUCACGAAGACAGCUCCUAUUACAGCCCUGACCUGUUCUAUCAAUACGGAGACAUGCAUCAAGACCCUCUCGCGACGGUGCAACAAUCACAGGAGACGCAACACCCGCAUCUGCUGCACCACGCCAAUUCCUUGACGAACCUUCAGCAACACAGUCCCCAGAAUGCUCAACAGAAACGUCAACAUCCCUCUCACCUCCUGCAUCACGCGACAUCCCUGACGAGCCUGCAACAGCCGCAACAGCACAGCCCUCAAAGUACCCAGCAAAAGAGACCCUACUCAACCUCCUCCAGUUCCUGCGGCAGCACGGACGCCAUAGAUACUCAUUUACCAAGUCCGUUGAGUCUCCACUCCCUUCCACCUAAUUACCAUCCUCACCAUCGUCACCACAUCCCCGACACAACGCCGACCAACCUCAACGAAGUCGGUGGCGUGAUCAUGUACCCGAAUUGUGUGUUCAACAACAACGACAGCUACAAUACCGCCGCGAACGCAACGGGCAACCUCCAGCACCACGAGACGCCGUAUCAGCCUCACUCGGGUCACCACAGCGCCGGGAAUACGCCUGUCAAACACUCCCAGCAUCACUUGGAGCCUACGCCGGCCGGUUACACCAGCGUGAUCGUCGAUUCGCAACAGUACAGUCCCAGCGCGGUGCAGGAUCUGCACGCGCACCCUCAUCAAUCGGCCCCGAUCGGAGGCGACACGCCGCCAUUGCACCUCAACACCAAUUGCGACGACGAGGCGUGCUAUCGCGACACGUCCGGGCAUCAGAAUCGUCGCGCGGACGACAGUCUGGAGCAUCGUUCGAGCGUCGCCGAUUGCGCCGAUCACGGUGCCGAGUCGCAGCAGUACGGUGGCCUGACCGACGCCCACGACGGCGAACAGGUUCACCAGGUGAGUGCCGGUUUGAGGACGUACGCCACCGAGCCGUCUGUCGCCUACGUUGCGCCGUACAGAAGGUCCUCGGUUCUUACAUCUGGUUGGAGCAAUCACGAUGACUUUCAGGAUGUUUUAGCAACCUCGCUAUAA